AAAAAAAAUCAUUGUUCUAUAAUUCACCGUUUAUCAUCGUUUCCAAAAUCUUACUAUCCAUUUAUACAUUAAUUCAGUUUUUUCCCUUUUCUUUUUCUUACUUUGAUACAUUUAAUUGCUGCUGAUUAAACAGUCAAAAUAUACAUAAAUUUUUUUCCACGUCAUUUGCUCCAUUUUAUUCAAUACGUGACAUUAUUAUUGGUUUGAUCCAUUUUAUCGUUAAAAAAGAUAAAAUAAUUAUAUUCAUAACAAAAAAUAUGUACAUAAUAAAAUAAUUAAUUUAUACUUCAUUUUGUAAAGCUUCAAGAAUUUAUCUGUUGUAUAUAAUUUAACAUGAAAACGACUUAAGGUAUAUAAUAAACAUAGUCAGGAUGUGAUAAUCUGAAUGUUUAAAUGUAUGUCAAUUUCGAAAAUGAUAUCAAUUAUUGUUUAAUAUACCUGCCUAUGGAUCGUAUAUCAUCGGGCGUGAUACGAAGUAAAUCGUAGGUCCGCAUUGUGUAUAUCGGUACAAUUGUAUCAAUAGUACGAGUGGUUAAUAUCUAAUAUAGAAUUCCAUCAAGAAGAUAUUUGUUGCGUAUCUCGAGACGCCUAACAAUAAGUCAAUCGGAGGUAAAGAUUUCAUCAUUUCGACGUUGCGCGACGCGAUGUAUAGAUUCGAUCGGAAGACGAAACAAGAAAAAAAAUAUACUGCACCAAAAUUAUUAGCAUACGCACGGGGAUUGGCGAGUUAUGACGUUACAGCGACCACUAACGAUCACCGAUCACGACAGAUAAACGAAGUUCUACAACGGAUAGAAGAUGACGAAGAUUCGGCUAUUAUGAAAUCAAACGUCAAUGGGAGAACAGUAGAAGAACGUGGCGGAUCCAUUUAUGUAAUAGAAUUUGAAUCUGAAUCAAAUGAAUUCAAUGACGGUUCAACGAACGCCACGACUGAAAGCAUCCAAGUGGAAACGCACGGUCCUCUGGAUCCGUGGUCGAUAGUUUGGUACAUCGGAUCAUUCGGAGGUUUGGUAGCAUUUUUUUUGGUCGUCAGUUGUUCGGAAUGGUGUUGUCGUCGUGGUGCUCGACCGGUUACGAUUUCUUAUUCUCAAUCUGGAGAGGGUGGAAGCGGAUCGUCCGGAAGUCAAGACACUCCGCCGCCACCUUAUCAUCUCUUUGCACCGCCGCCGUACGAAUCCAUUUAUUACGGUGACAUAACGGACAAAGAUUCCGGUGAAAAAAUGGACAUAUUUGUAAUAGCGGUUCCGGUUCACGGAUCGGCGCCCGUCCAACCGAAUACAUAGAAUUGCGUUAAAUUCGCCGAUUUUGAAACAAUUUCGAAUAGGUCGAUUAUGAGACUGACCUUGACGCAGGUGUGAAGAAAACCAUAACGAUGAUUAAUCGAAUCCGAUCGGUGCAGAUUUAUCAUUUUUUCCGUCGGAUAUUAUCGAUAUUUUUCACGUAACCGUGGAAGACAAAGAGGACGGCCCUCCGGAUAAAAAAGGAUUUUGGGAGUCCUGGAAGUUGAAAUCAUGAUUAUAAUACGAGACACGAGAUGAUAAUUAAAAGGUACUUGGAGAAUUAACUAAUAAAAUUUGUAAUCUACGACCUACCCGGAUUCAAAUGAAAUCUUUCCAUUCAAAAUUUUGAGGAAUAUUUAUACACCGAUAAAUAAUUAUAUCAAAAUAUUGUAUAUGUAGAAAUAUCGAAAUCUACUUAAUCACCGAUCACAAAUGGUUAUCACUGACUUGAGUCACGACGGCGUCGUAAAAUCGAUGCAGAUCGAGGUUGAUGUAAUUAAAUGAGUUCGAUUAGAUUUGUACGCAAUCAGGCUAUACGCGGCGCGGCGUCACCAGGUAUAUCGAAUGACCUCUAGGGCGUUAACGCGCCUCGUUUUUAUAACCCUUGCGAGAAAAGAAACAAAUAAAUAAAUAGAUAAAUUUGAAAAGAAUAAGGAUAGAGAAAAAGAAGUUUUACUGCCAUAAAAAAAUCAUUGAGUAUGUAUAUCACGUCGUUUAUCCGGCUCACACACCUUCCCAAUACUGGGAGAUUGUAUUAUGCCUUAUACCUAUAUAGGUAUGUAUCUGUGUACAUAUACAUGUAUAAAUAUGUGUAUAUUUUUUUUAUUGAUCGUUGACACGCACGUUUGGAAUAUUAUAAACGCCUCCUAAAUGAAAUUGGAUCGUACUAUUACAAAAUCGAUUCCUGGAACAGAACGAAAAGAAAAAAGGAAUUAUGUAUUGUCAUUUGGCAUUCUACGUUGUUUAGAAUGUUGGAAUUCUAUAUACUCUAAUUAUGAAUCUAUUGAUUACCAAGUGAUGGUUUUUAUAGAACAUAUAAUUUUGCAUCCCCGUUUGACUUACAUACGACAAAUAUUCCAAAUUGCGUGUGUAUUGCCUUGUAUUAUAUACAUAUUAUUAUCAUUAUCAUUAUUCUUAUUAUUAUCAUUGUUCAAGUGGAACGGAGUGGAAGUGCAGGAUUUGAUGCAAUUUAUUCUAUUAUUAAUUUUAAAACACGGUAUGGUAAUUGAUCCUACCGAUAUUUGAUCUCAACUAGUCAUUAUAAUAAAUGUAUGCGAUUAUUUGCUCUGAUUAAAUAUGAUAAAAAUCGCGGUUGACAUUCU